GGCCCAUUUGAUAAGAAAGAGUGAAGAGUAGGGUAGGAAAUUGCAUGUGUGGAAAAGCAGGCACAUUCGUCAAAAAGGAGAAAACGGGUCCCAUAAGAUAAACAGAUGGUGUGAGUAUUGCGCGCCAAGGCCAUUCAAGAAACCUCCUUUCAUUUUACAGUUUCUAAAAUAACUAGGUUAAUUUAAAGCAUUAAAGAUCACAUCAUUUUCAUUUCUUACUCUCUCUCUCUCUCUCGCUCUCUCUAUCUCACUGCUCACCGUUCUCAUCAAAAAUGAAACCCUCUCGCAGAGGCAGCUUCUUCUCCUCCUCAUCCUCUUCAACCACAGUUACCUACACUUUCCAUGACCAAAGUGACCCUCCCUCCCAACCCAAUUCCACCGAAAUCCCCAUCCAGUCCUCCGAAACCCCAACCCCAAUCACCGUCCACCUCCCACUACAAGCCCAGUCCACCGCUGCCACCAAGAUCCAGUCCACAUACCGGGCCCACCUGAUCCGAACCCUCUACAGAAAGAUAUCGACGGCCAAUUCAGAAGCCGAUCAGCUCCAACGGUUAAUCCAACGGCAAGAUACAGUUGACGCCGUUAGGAGGGACGAGCGCGAGAAGCUGAGGAUGAACGAGGCUUUGAUGCGUCUGUUACUGAGGCUGGACUCGGUUCCCGGGUUGGACCCGACCAUAAGGGAAGCGAGGAGGAAGGUGAGCCGUCGGAUCGUGGGUCUGCAGGAGAUCUUGGAUGCGGUUUCCGAGGCAAAGGUGGAAGAUGGUGACGGUUGGUAUUGGGGUUACGAUGGGUUUAUGAGGAAUUGGGAUGAUGUUGUGGCGGAGAUGGAGGAGAAUGUUUGUAGGGAAAGAGGAGGUGAGGAAUUCGAGAGGUUUUGCGCUCAGCAUCUGGGGUUUCGAUGCCUCCAGAGGUUUCUUCGUCAACCUUGAUCUUUGAUCCUCUGCGGCACGGCUCAGUAUAGUAUAAUGAUCUUGUGGUUGUGGUGUUAUGGCAGUGAUAGAACGACAGUAUCAUGUAGAGUGAAGAAAAAUAAUUGUUAAUAUAUAUAUAUAUAUUUUAACUGCUA